ACAAUGCUUAGGAAGAUUUGUUUAUUUGUUAUUAUUAGCUGUGUAUUGUCUUUGGUAUCAGCUACCUAUUUAGAUAUCAAUAGAUCAGUCCCAACUACAGAUGAAGUCAAGCAUUAUGUAUUGUAUUGCCAUCCCCCAGGUGGAACCCAUCCUAAGCCAGUACAAGCAUGCGAAAAGAUAGCUUCUGUUCAUGGAAAUUUGAGCUUACUUACACCCGCACCUGCUAUUGACUGUAUUGCUGGAGGAGAUGCUGUCACUGUUGAAGUCAAGGGAAAAUAUAACAACAGACGCAUUCAUUUCAAAAGCACGUAUCCCAAUGGUUGUCUAGCUUAUGUUGUACUAGGCGAUAUUUAUGCUUAAAUAAAACUUUAUUAAUUAUUACGAUA